AUUUACUGGAUACUGUAACAUUAGCAACAAUCAAAGAAUAACUAGAUUAGGCGGCUGGGGAAGAAAAUAUAGCGGAGUGCUACUGGACCGAGAAAACACUAGGAGCAGAAUGAGCAGCUUAGAGACCACACCAAGUUACAAACGAUAUUCCUCGAGGUCUAUGUCGAGAUCUCGCUCUAGUUGUAGCAGAAGUCCCCCUAAGGUAGAGGAUGUGGUGGUAGCGGCUACGGAUUACACCGCGACCGCUGAUGACGAGGUGUCACUCAAGUCGGGUGACAUUGUUGAGGUUCUCGACAGCAAAUCCGCUCUUGGAUCCAAGUACAGAGGGCGUGUCUAUUGUUACGAGAAUCAUUUCUUCCAAACCAGAGGUCCGUCUCUGGACUAUGUGUUUAGUGUGCCCACAUACAAAAUGUACUAUUACUGAUUGAA